AUGGAUAAGCAUGGAUCACUGACAGUCCCCAAAUGUGUCAAGGAAUUUUCAGUGAGGGAGAAACUUGACGAAAUCUUACACAGACAAGGAGAUCAUGCAGACCAUGAAGGAAGAAAUCCAAUAUUAUUGAGACCAAGAAAAAAGAAAUCGAGUAACACUGUUGUGGUAAUGGAAGGAAAUGAGGAGGAGUCUGCUCAACUUGACGAAACAGAUCUUGAAGAAACAAUUUCAUCAGUACUUGGUUCCGAACUUGUUGAGGGCCAAGAGGCCGUCAAUUCAGUACUGGAGGCAGUUCAAGGGAUCUUCGCAGAAGUGGACGUAGCAGGGGUUAUGGAAAAAGCAUUCGAGUUUCUUGGAGAAUUGAUAUCAUCAUGA